AGUAAAAAUCGAAGGAAGGGAUUCGAUACAAAAAGUAUCGAGUACUUACUCGUAUUUACUUGUAUCGAAUCGUCCCUAGACACUGUCUGUCUGUGCCAUCGAUUUUGCUGUAUUUGUGCUGGUUUUAGAGCGGUGCUCCUUCAAAUACUUGCAAAUCUUUGCACGAACGAACUGCUGAACGCAUCGAGGUCUUUAAGCGGAAACAUGCAGUGGACAGUGCACAUAGAAGGUGGACCAAGGAGAGUGAACCAUGCAGCAGUCUGCAUUGAAAACAAAAUCUACUCCUUCGGUGGCUACUGCUCAACUGAAGAAUAUAGAGAUUGGGCUCCAAUACCCAUUCAUGUUCUGGACACCACGACUCUCCGUUGGGCGCCUGUCAACUACAAACACAACAUGGUUGUGCCAUUCCAACGUUAUGGUCAUACUACAGUUGCUUAUGGACAUAAGGUGUAUAUGUGGGGUGGAAGGAAUAAUGCUGUAGCAUGUGAUACUCUCUCCUGUUUCGAUACCAAAGCUCUGGAAUGGAGUACACCUACUAUAAAUGGUAAUGCGCCAUAUGCUAAAGACGGUCACUCAGCUUGCAUUAUUGAAAACAAAAUGUUUAUUUUUGGAGGAUUUGAAUAUCUCACUGAUCAGUAUUCACAAGAAGUUCAUUAUUUGAACCUGGAUACUCUUGAAUGGAGUUUUAUUGUAGCCACAGGAACACCACCUUCUCACAGAGAUUUCCAUACAACUGUGGCUGUUGGAAGCAGAAUGUAUGUAUUUGGAGGGAGGGGUGAUCUGAAUAGCCCUUAUAAUUCUCAUGAGGAAGUGUACUGCCCAGAAGUAUACUAUUUAGAUAUUACUGAAGAAAAAUGGAUAGCAACCAAGCCAACUGGAACUUGGCCAGAAGGAAGACGCAGUCAUUCUGCUUGGUAUCAUAAUGGCUACAUGUACAUCUUUGGGGGCUACAAUGGCAACACGAAAGCACACUUUAAUGACAUUUAUAGAUAUUCAAUUCUUGACAACCAUUGGGAAUUCAUCGACGUGUUAGGUUCAGUUCCGUGUAAACGGCGCCGGCAAGCAUGUCUUUUGUAUGAUGACAAAGUUUAUUUAUUCGGGGGCACAAGUCCCUGCCCUCAUUCCAGCAAACGACCCCUGGUAGACAAUUCAGAUGAUAAUCCAGAAAGACUGAUUGACAACAGUGAUCUCCACAUCUUGGACUAUGCCCCCACUCUUAAAACAUUAUGCAUAUUGGCAGUGCUUGAAUAUAACUUAGACAUAACAGUACUUCCACGUGAUAUUAUAACUGACAUCCGAAUUAUGACUGUUCCAAACCGUAUAAGUAGACCUAUAAACCAAGCUGGGUGAAUAGUGUAUUUUGCCCAGUAGUGUUAUUGGGCAAAUUACUUUAUAGCAUUUUACUUAAAACUGACAGAAUCUCUAUUUACAUUGUAAUUUAUUUAUCUACACAUUAAAUGUCUUGGAACAUAAGGAUAAAUAGUACUCCUUAUUAGUAUUGGCUACUGUAUAGGUACCUGUAGUUCAUAAUCAAAGUAGACAAACAGUAUUGUAUGAUUGUAUAUGAAAUUUCAGAUGAAAUAGAUUAACUAGAAAAGACAAUGUAACAAAAUACUUUUUUAUUCAGUGAUCUUCUUUAACAAUAUGCUUCUGACGUUCAGCAACAAAUGGUACAGCUCCCGGCUUACUAUGGGCACGCCUAUUACCUUCUUUCCU